AAAAUAACAGAAAUUUCAUCCACCCAACUCAACUGCGCCACUCCAAUGAUGGCGAGUUCAAUCAUCUUCAACUCUGUUGCCUCAGCUCUCUCUCUCCCCAACAAAUCCCUGUCUACAUGCCUGAACUUCAGCUCCCUGCACCCGCCCCAGCUGCCGGCGCUUCGCUUCUCCGGCCAAUUGAGUCACCGGAAAACAAGAGGUUUGACGGCGGUGACGCGUGCAGGUGCGAGCGCGACCAGCUAUGUUAUUGCAUUUGCACUGCCGCUCUCUCUCCUCGCAAUCACCAUUUUUGUUUCAAUCAAAAUUGACGAAGACCUCGACAGAAAAUUCUACGAAGAGGUUGCAAUUGAUGAAGCAAUAAGGGAAGUAGAUGAGGAGGAAGCUGCUUUUGGCAUUUCAUUGGAUGAGGAUGAUGAUGAUGAUGAUGAUGAUGGCAUUUCCUUGGAGGAGGAUGGUGAUGUUGGCAUAUCCUUGGAGAAGGAACCUGUACUUCCAAGGACUCGGGAUGGUGAUGCUGACAUAUCCUUGGAGAAGGAACCUGUUCGGACUCGGAACCGGCCCAAACGUGAAGCUUAGAUUUCAUUUCUGUAGCUUGAUUAUGCACGAUUUUAAACUGGAGAUGAUCAUAUGCAUGCCGAAAUUUGUAGCUCACCACCAGUUUCACGCACCUUCAUAAUCCGCUUACAUGUAUAAAUUACAAGUCUCUGUUGAUUUGAAAUGUAUUUUUUGUGAUACAUAUUGUAAGACUGCUAUAGGACUUCUCAUCGUCUAAAUCCAUGAUUAUCCCAGAGGGUAGUGCACAUUAUGCCAA